AUGGACAAUUUCCACCCCUCCGCAUUAUCGCAAGGCUCGUCGCAACACCCAUCGGGCCCCGAGCCAUCCAGAACAGACCAUGCAACCGCGGAUGCUGGCUUUUCCGCAGAGGGCGUUUCCGCAGGAGAGAGAAACUACCUACCACGUCCGAAGCGCAUAGCGUGUGUGGUCUGCCGACGGAGGAAGCUCCGGUGCGACGGCAAGAGGCCAAGCUGUGGGACUUGCUCGCGUCUAGGUCAUGAAUGCGCAUAUGAUGAGGUGCGCAAAAAGAGCGGUCCCAAGCGGGGCUACGUGAAGCAGUUGGAGGCGCGAUUAGCCCAGGUAGAGACACUUCUCAAAGGUCAAGAUUCCGAUACCGUUCACCAAACCUCGCCUCACCCGCCGGAGAAUGCGUUUACGGCAUCCCUUCCAGACGAUUCCGUUCUCGCAUUGCCUGAGAUCUCAGGCCUUGAAGCCGACCUAGGAAACACAAUACCUCCAUCUACAAAUGGAAUGGGCGACUCGCAGACAAAUCAAAUCCUCUUCGGCACAGCGCCCGGUAUUCCUAAUGAUCCGCAAUGGGACAUGAUCAGUUUGGGGUUGGAAGAGCCACUCCCUAGCCUGGAUGUCAUUGCCGAAUUGGAGAGUAUAUUUUUUGAAAAGAUCUAUCCUAUGCUUCCACUUAUCCACCGCCCGCGAUACUUCACCAACCUAAAUCUGGCUCCUCAUAUGCGACCGCCUAUCUGCCUUCGGUAUAUGAUCUGGUGCCAUGCAGCAUCUGUCAGUGACAAGUACUAUGGUCUGCACAGUCAUUUCUACCAUCGCGCUCGCAAAUACGCGGAACUGGAUGAGAUGAAGGGGUUUGGAGAGAGUAUCAUCAGUCUUUCUCACUGCCAGACUUGGAUUCUCAUCGGCACUUAUGAAUUUCGCAUGAUCUACUUUCCGCGAGCAUGGCUGAGUGUUGGAAAGGCGACAAGACUGGCGCUCAUGAUGGGAUUCAAUCGACUGGAUGGUGUUGGUCUUGAUGUCAAGCAAUCUAUGUUUCCACCAAAAGACUGGACAGAGCGUGAAGAGCGGCGGCGAACAUUCUGGAUGGCAUUUUGCACCGAUCGGUAUGCCAGUAUCGGAACUGGUUGGCCGAUGGUAAUUGAUGAAAAUGAUAUCAUGACGAACCUUCCCGCUUCCGAGGAAUCUUUCUUGAAAAGCAAGCCACAGCGGACUCUCCGUCUGUCUGACAUCAUUGCUGGCGAAGGUGUCUCGACUUUGUCACCUUUCGCUUGUGUCUGCGUUUUGGCCAACCUUUUCGGCCGCAAUCUCAACCAUAUUCACCGACCCCAACCCCAAGACAACGACUAUGAUCUCAAUGGAGAGUUUUGGAAACGGCAUCGGAGCCACGACAAUAUUCUCCUCCACAUUGCACUUUCAUUGCCUGACCACCUUCGUCUUCCCGGUGGGAUGGACGAUGUAAAUGUCAUAUUUUCUAAUAUGAGCAUUCACACAUCUACCAUUUGUCUUCAUCAGGCUGCAAUCUUCAAGGCCGAGAAGAACAAAAUGCCGAAUCAGAUUGUUACUGAAAGCAAACGGCGGUGUCUUGUUGCAGCAAAUCAGAUAUCGAGCAUCAUGAAGAUGGUCAGCCACAUCGACCUAACAACUCUGAAUCCAUUUAUGUCAUUCUGUCUUUACAUCUCGGCAAGAGUGUUUGUGCAGUACUUGAAAUCAAGACCUGAUGAUUCAACAGUCCACUCAUCGCUGCAAUUUGUCGUGUCCGCACUCAAUGCGAUGAAGAACAAAAACCCCUUGACCGAAUCAUUCCUCGUUCAGCUGGAUGUCGAUCUAGAGGGCACCGGAAUCAAAUCGAUGGACAGCACAAAAACCAAUUCCACCUAUGUCGCCCAAGUGAUGAAUACGUGCUGUCCGGAUAAUAUCGAAGGCAGUUCCAUAUACAGUCUCCGCCAGACACAGUCUUUUAAUGAAACAACGCAAGGAAAUGCGAAUACUGACGGCCCAUCUCAAACCUUUCCGCAUGGCAGAACAACAACACUGCCCAGUCGCUAUCGAGAUUCCAGUCUUCCUGGCUCCAAUUCUGGAGCACCUGGCAGCAACGCACCUCAUUUCUUCCCACAUGGCAUGCCCGAUUCAGGUGUCAAUCCUAACAAUGCUGGCCAAGGCGGCAUCGUGGAUAUCGAUAUGGACUUUUCCCCCGACUUUAGCGGGCUUGGUGAACGGAAUCCUCCCUCCGAUCACCCGACACCUUCGACUCUGAACUCUUCUUCCAAUACAUCGUAUUCCAUGACGGGUGUGGAUAAUCCAUCACCUGAAAACAAACAGCAAAGCACCGCUUCCACUCAACAUAGUCAAACAUCCACUACGUCCUUCGACAAGGUCCGCUCAGUCCACAUCUCUCCUGAAAGUACUGAGUCUCCACUGAUCCCCGACAUGAACUCUUUUGCCGGGCAGAUGUUUUCCAACACCAAUAGGUCCAGUGGACCCCUUGAUUAUGGCAACAGCAAUGAGUUUUCCAUGCGCCCUGGAUGGGAUAUGUCGACGCCAAGCUCCAGUCUAGCCAAUGUUGACUUGGGCGAUCUGAAUGUCAACUCACUUAGCGAGACUCAAUGGGCCCAAAUCCUGGAAAACAAUGGCAGUGGAGCUGGCUGGGAGAAUUGGCGUCAGCCGUGA